GGGCAAGGAUCCCAUCAGACGAGGACAAAGAGAUGAAUCACAACGCAAAAGCUUAAGAAGAUCACAAGGCAAAAUGCGUUCAUGUCCACCGUCGAACGUUUGUUGCAUCCGAGUAGCUUAUUUAAGUGCUGAGCUCCAAAGACCUGGUGCUCGGUGUCCUCACAGAUUGAUCAUUUGAAGUCCACCGUACAGCCGAAAGUUGUCGAGCAGUAGCUGAAGCUUCAAAUGGAUGACAAAGGCUACACAAAGGAUGGAUCAGUUGAUCUCCAUGGCCGCCCUGUGCUUGCUUCUCAGACCGGGAGAUGGAGAGCUUGCGCCUUCCUCGUGGGCUAUGAAGCUUUUGAGAGGAUGGCCUUCUACGGCGUGGCCUCAAACCUUGUGGUGUACUUGACGACGCAGCUGCAUGAGGACACAGUCUCGUCCGUGAGGAACGUCAACAACUGGUCCGGCUCGGUCUGGAUCACGCCCGUCCUCGGCGCUUACAUCGCCGACACCUACUUGGGCCGGUUCUGGACCUUCACCAUUUCCUCCCUCGUUUAUGUACUGGGCAUGGUUCUCUUGACAAUGGUAGUUUCCAUCAAGUCGUUGAGGCCGAGUUGCACUGACGACGUCUGCAACAAGGCGACGCCGUCGCAGGUCGCGUUCUUCUACGGGGCCCUGUACAUCCUGGCGGUUGGCGCUGGAGGGACGAAGCCCAACAUAUCCACUUUCGGCGCCGACCAGUUCGACGACUUCGACCCCCACGAGCGGACGCUGAAGGUGUCCUUCUUCAACUGGUGGAUGUUCAGCACGUUUCUCGGCGCCCUUAUGGCCACGCUCGGGCUCGUCUACGUGCAGGAGAAUGUCGGGUGGGGCGUCGGGUAUGGCAUCCCUACCACGGGGCUCGCCGUCUCACUCGUGGUCUUCUACAUGGGCACUCCCAACUAUCGACACAAGGCUCGGAAGAGCAAUAGCCCGGCGGCGGAGAUAGCCCGGGUUUGGGCGGCGGCCAUUGCCAACCGCCGGCUUAAGCUGCCCGACGACCCGGCCGAGCUCUACGAGCUCGAGCCGCAGCAUUACUUGCUCACCGGCAAGCGGCGACUGCACUAUAACUCUUCCUUCAGGUUCCUUGACAGGGCAGCCAUUAAGGAAGCGGCCAAGCCAUGCACAGUGACGCAAGUCCAAGAGACGAAGCUUGUGCUGGGCAUGACGGUGAUCUGGUUCGCCACCCUCGUCCCCAGCACCAUCUGGGCCCAGGCGAACACGCUGUUCGUGAAGCAGGGCACCACAAUGGACCGCCGCCUCGGCCACGGAUUCCUGAUCCCCGCCGCCUCCCUCGGCAGCUUCAUCACCGUCUCCAUGCUCCUCGCCGUGCCGCUCUACGACCGCUACUUCGUGCCCUUCAUGCGGCGCCGCACCGGCAACCCCCGCGGCAUCACCCUCCUGCAGCGCCUCGGCAUCGGCUUCGGUUUCCACGUCCUGCUCACCCUCGUCGCCUAUGCCGUCGAGGUCCGCCGGAUGCACGUCAUCAGGCAGAGCGGCGUUGCCGGGCUGGGGGACGUGGUGCCCAUGAGCAUCUUCUGGCUGCUGCCGCAGUACGUCCUGCUCGGCGUCGGCGACGUGUUCAACGCCAUCGGGCUGCUGGAAUUCUUCUACGACCAGUCGCCGGAGGGCAUGCAGAGCCUGGGGACGACGUUCUUCACCAGCGGCAUCGGCGUCGGCAACUUCCUCAACAGCCUCUUGGUGACGGUGGUGGACAGGGUGACGAGGGCGGGAGGGGGGAAGAGCUGGAUAGGGAACAACAUCAACUCAUCGCACUUGGACUACUACUACGGCCUCCUGAUGUCCGUAUCGGCCAUCAACCUGGCCAUCUUCGUGUGGGUGUCGAGCAAGUACAAGUACAAGGAGGAGGCGUUGGAGGUGGCGGAGGGGAAGGUGGUGUGCCUGCAGAUGGAAGGGAAGGUCAUGGACGCCCCUCCAGCUUCACUUGGGGUUCAAGUGUGACACCGUGCUGGACUACUAUUAUGCGUAGAUGCCAACUCCUCUCUCUUCUUGUACUAAUCAGUGUGCAAUUAUUUCUGUAAUCGAGAGUCAAAACCACAGGACUUAUAUCUGAGACUAAAUACCAAAUCUUGUCUUA